AGGGUCGGUACCGUAGAAUGAGAGAGACAGAAGCAGAACAUCACACGACGAGACACUGGACCUGUCUGUCCUUUAGUUUUUAUUUCAAUUUCCUCGUUUCUCCAGGUGUGUUAUAGUAGGAAAUAAGAUGGCCACGUCUGACAGCUCCAGCUUGAGUAAAGCUGUUAAGCAGCAGUACAUGGAGCUUCCUCAAGGAGACAAAGUCCAAGCCAUGUAUGUCUGGGUCGAUGGCACCGGAGAGGGGCUGAGGUGCAAAACCAGGACGCUGGAUUCAGAACCCAAGAGCAUCGAAGAUCUCCCUGAGUGGAACUUCGAUGGCUCCAGUACCUACCAGGCUGAGGGCUCGAACAGUGACAUGUAUCUGGUUCCUGCUGCCAUGUUCCGCGAUCCAUUCCGCAAAGAUCCCAACAAGCUUGUCCUGUGUGAAGUGAUGAAGUACAACCGCAAUCCUGCAGAAACCAACCUCAGAAUUAGAUGUAAUAAGGUGAUGGACAUGGUGAAGGACCAGCACCCAUGGUUUGGCAUGGAGCAGGAGUACACUAUUCUGGGCACAGACGGACACCCAUUUGGAUGGCCAUCCAAUGGUUUCCCCGGACCACAAGGUCCGUACUACUGUGGCGUGGGAGCUGACAAAGCCUAUGGCAGAGAUGUAGUGGAGGCCCAUUACAGAGCUUGUCUGUAUGCUGGAGUCAAGAUCUGCGGCACUAACGCGGAAGUGAUGCCUGCUCAGUGGGAGUUCCAGGUUGGACCGUGUGAAGGGAUCGACAUGGGUGAUCAUCUCUGGGCGGCACGUUUCAUCCUGCACCGCGUCUGUGAAGAUUUCGGUGUCGUUGCCUCGUUUGACCCCAAGCCAAUCCCUGGGAACUGGAAUGGUGCAGGCUGCCAUACAAACUUCAGCACAAAAGAAAUGAGGGAAGAUGGUGGAUUGAAAGCCAUUGAAGAGUCCAUUGAGAGGCUUGGGAGGAGGCACCGCUAUCACAUUCGUGCCUAUGAUCCCAAGGGGGGGCUCGACAAUGCCCGUCGCCUCACUGGCCGCCACGAAACCUCAAACAUCGACGAAUUCUCCGCAGGCGUGGCCAACCGCGGCGCCAGCAUCCGCAUUCCUCGCAACGUCGGCCAGGACAAGAAAGGCUACUUUGAGGACCGGCGCCCGUCGGCCAACUGUGACCCGUACGGUGUGACCGAGGCCCUCAUCCGUACCUGUUUGCUGAACGAGGAGGGAGACGAACCUACGGAUUACUAAAUCCUCAACUCAUGGACUGACUCUCACUGCCCUCCUCACUAUCUUUUCUUUUAUACUAGUACUGUAUCUCUCCCUCUCCCACUUGAGAGGGUUUAACCUGCAUUUAAUGGCUUAAAGUUGGCUGGUCAACUUAAAACAUGAUAAGGUAACUGAGAUGCUUGGUAGUUAUAAGCUGGUUAAUAGCAGGGUAUAUCUUUCCCCUCUACUUUUGAAGGGAUUGGCUUUUGUAACACUGUUUUAUAACCACAUGUCAUAUUUCCUUUUGUCUGUAACUGGAGAUAAAGAAAACUAAAGCACAUGGACAUAGAGCUGCUAAGGCUGGACACCGUGUCAAACGUAAUAACUUUGACUAGUACAUGUGUUGUUAAUAUAUGUUGACCUGCCUUCUAAACUAUCCAGUCUUUGAUGUUACUAAUUGAUUUUUAUGAAGUGUCUAUUUUUAAAUGGCAACGUUUGUCGUCAGACUUUUUGGCACACACUGUUGAUUUUGAUGAACUCGUGGUACACUCUGUAGAUGUCUAUACCCAGACGUAUGUUGUUUAAAAUGUGGUAAAUCUGUCCAUGAUGCCAUUUGUAGAUUUCCUCAAGGAGUUUUAUCCUUUUGUUAACUGCGAUAUUGUAAUGCACCCGAUUUGGUAAAAUGUCACGUUUACUGAACCUGGUGUUUUUUAUUGAUGCAUUUAAAACUUUUAUUUUUAUCACAA